GCCUUUUCGGCAUUACUCGAUCUCAGUUUUCAGACAAUCGAGUCGGUAUCUUGGCCAGUUUGAGAGUAUCGGGUUUCGCGGCAAAUCCCGUCUCUGUCCCGUCUUUCUCUCUCGCAUUGCUGCCCGCCUCUCCGUGCCCUAGGCGUCUCCGGCGACGGCGUUUCCUCCAACGAGGUCUUCCUCUCACUUCCUUUUGCGUCAUUUUGGAUUUUCUCCAAUGUCGGGCCAGUUACCACCAGCAAACAAUGACUUUUUGUACAUUUGCCCGUAGCGGUGGCAGCUUCUUCAAUCUUACCUGCUCAGUUGGGAACCCCCUUAUCUAAUGCUCCUCAGAGUAGCAGUGAUAUGUGUGUCCAAACAAAUGCUUGAUCCUCUUGCAUAGUCCAUACCCAUUACAGAAUUGUUCCAUCACAUAUUUUAGCUGCUUUCUGAUGCAUCAUCUGUAAUUGCAAUGGCUGAUUAUCCUUCACCACCUUCAUCAUCAUCUCUUGCAAGAGCCAAAAACAAAAAUGGAGGAAGUGGAGGAGAAACUCUUGCUCAGAAUUUGCAAUCUGCUUGGUUUCUCCAUGGAAGAGCUAUAGCUCUUUGUGUGGUCCUUCUGUUUGCCUUCUUAGUUCGUCUUCUCACUUCUUUGAGUUCCCACUCUGGAGAAGGAAUUCCACCCAAGUAUGGAGAUUAUGAAGCACAGAGGCAUUGGAUGGAGAUCACUCUCAACACUCCCAUGAAAGAGUGGUAUAGGAACACGACAUACAAUGAUCUUGCUUACUGGGGCCUUGACUAUCCUCCUCUUACAGCAUACCAGAGUUACGUGCACUCCUUGUUCCUUCAUAAGUUCGACCCUGAUUCAGUCGCUUUGGGUUCUUCUAAGGGUUACGAAACCCCCUUCAGUAAGCUGCUGAUGAGGUGGACCGUCUUAUCAUCUGAUGCACUUGUACUUUUUCCAGCUGCUGUCUGUUUUGUGAUAUAUUAUUAUAUCAAUCGCAAGGAUGAAGAAAUGGCUUGGCUUCUUGCUAUGAUCUUACUUAAUCCAAGUUUGAUUUUAAUAGAUCAUGGACACUUUCAGUACAACUGCAUAAGCUUGGGGCUGACACUUGGAGCAAUUGCUGCAAUCUUGUCCAAGAAUGAUCUAGUUGCUUGUGCUCUCUUCAGUCUGGCACUCAAUCAUAAGCAGAUGACUGCAUAUUUUGCUCCUGCGUUUUUUGGCCAUCUCUUGGGAAAAUGCCUAAAGCAUCGGAGUCCAAUUUUUGAGGUCUUGAAAUUGGGAAUAACAGUCACGGCAACAUUCAUUGUUAUCUGGUGGCCCUAUCUUCACUCCAUGGAAGCAGUCUUGGAGGUUUUGUCCCGUUUAGCACCAUUUGAAAGGGGAAUUUAUGAGGAUUACGUGGCUAACUUUUGGUGUAGUACAUCCUUUUUUGUGAAGUGGAAACGGUUGUUCGGCAUAAGGGAGUUGCGAUGGCUUAGCCUGCUUGCAACCCUUGCUGCUGCUUCUCCAUCAAUGAUACAGCAGAUAAAAGCUCCAAGCAGUCGAGGGUUCCUUUAUGCUUUAGUCAACAGUUCCUUUGCUUUCUAUCUGUUCUCAUUCCAAGUUCACGAGAAGUCAAUAUUGUUGCCUCUGUUACCUGCAAGUCUUCUGGCAUUAGAAGAAACGACCUUUUUCAACUGGUUCAGUUACUAUGCUCUUCUAUCAAUGUACCCUUUGCUUUGCCGUGAUGGGUUGAUAGUGCCACACGUUGCUCUUCUUUCCCUCUUCUUUCUUGUUUCUUAUGCACGAUGUGGACAGCAUGGUAAAGGUCCAAUGAUUUCCUCCCGUUUGAAAGCUCCGAUGGCCAUUUCCUUUCUUUUCUCUGUUAUUCUUUAUGGCGCUUAUUUAUCUGUUAGGCCUCCUCAGAAGUAUCCGUUUCUAUUUGAUGCCCUUAUAAUGAUUCUUUGCUUCUCUCAGUAUUUAGCUCUUGCAGCUUAUUCCAAUGUCAAGCAAUGGAUGUUAUCCGAUGUGCUUAUGUAUGAGAGCAAAGAAAAAAAGAGGCUUUGACACAAUUAAAUGGGAGUUACAUUAUCAUCAAUAUUACUAUUUUUGACUUGCUGAUUGUGACGUAUUGAUCCAUGUUAUUGAACGGUUUGCUGUAUCUUAUGCUUGGUAUGAGAAAAGACAUAGAAUGUCAUGUA